AUGGUGCGUAGGUGUUCUGAGAUGUGGGCGGCAACCCGGCAUCAAGUGCUCAAAGGUUACAAGACUGAGUAUCUCAGGAAGUCUUUGGCAUUCAGUUUGCUGGCAGCUUACCAUACAUAUGUUUUCUUCGCUGCGGCCUUAAGUAUAUUGACUUUGAGUGGCAAUUUGAUUCUGGCUUGGUUCAUCAGUUGGUUCCAAGAAGUUCGGAACAGCAACGCGGGCACCAAUGCUCGGGAGGUGUCUCUGGGAUUUUAUUUGGCAGUCCUGACACGUUCGUGGCUCGUGAUUCAGCUCUCGGCAGAGCUCGUGCGCUGUUCCCUGUGGCUAGUGGAGGAUGCGUGGCAGCUACAGACCUUUCGAACCUACCGACAAGUGCUGACAGGCUACGCCCCCGGCCUGAUGCUUGACUCAGACCAGGCAAUAACAGCUGCACAACAUAUGGCCUCCCGCGACUGGCUGCAUAGUGGCUCCAAACGCUGGUGGCUGGACCUGGCAGUGCAAGUGCUGCUCUAUGGCACGUUGGAUGUGAUCCCGUUGGUUCUUUGCAUCGCGCCACUCACCAAGCUAGAUUUGAGCACUGCAUUAAGCACCCUCUUUGCCUCAGCUUGCUCCAUUGCUGUCUUCCACUGCAUUUUGCUGUAUGGAGCAUGGAUUGUGAGCGAUAUAGUGGCCAAAUUCUAUUCCUGGAAAUCGAUCCGCAGACCCGCAGAUGUGCCUCAUGAGGUUCAAGUAGAUGAAGUGGAUGUAGAGCAGACUGCUGACGCAGACGCCCCGGGCGAAGCUGCAGACGCCGCGGACGCGGACGAAGAUGAGCACACCGAGGAGGAUCCCAUGAAGCCCGCGCAUGUGUGCGCCCUGCUGGGUGGAGCUCUACACCUGGGCUGGGUGACGGUUUUGAAGCUCGUCGUCUUUGUUGGAUUGCUGGUCCUGGCGGUGCAACGCGAUGUGCUUUCAGAGAAUCCCUUCUGGUUGCUUGCAGCUUUGUUUGUGGGUGUUGCGUUUUGGCAGCGCACCCUCGCAACAGGCUGGUACUUCUUGGCAAAAUGCUUGUUGCUGAGAUGCCGAUGCUGCAGGUGUAUUUGGGAAGCCCCAAUACAUGGAGGACCUGAUCAACUUCAAGCCUUGCGCCAUUUUGCAACUGAUUUGCAGCGCUGGGGUGAGAAGAAUGCUGGUAUGGCGUGGCCCAUCUUGGCACAGCGCUAUGACCUGGUCAUUUUUGUCCUCCUUCUUCAGAUUGCACUCUUCGGCAAUUUCAGAUGGUCUGGAGGAGCGUUGUUCCUCCUCCUUUUAGUCGUUGUCUUGCUACUCCGCCGAAGCACCUUGGUCGGCCUGGAUCGAUGGCGCAGCUUCUUCAGCCUUCUGGAAACCUUGGGUUUUCUUCUCUUUGCCGCCGUGCUGAAUGCCGCCUAUUCACCUGCAGCGGGCUUGGGAGUGCUGGUGAUGGCCAUCGUGCUGCAGUGCUUCAUGGCCCGCACAGAGCUACGGGCCUAUCGAACCAUGCGAGCAGUGACCCUGGGGCUUCAUUGCAGCCUAGUGGUCAUCGUAGCAAUUUGCAUGUGGUCCAUGGAGGGCGGCUCUCAUUGGAGUGGCCAUCGAAAAGCACCUGCUGAAAAUGCCAUCGGUGGCAGCGUGGAAGAAUACCCUUUUUGCCAUCUCAAGUGGCCUUUGGGAAAGGAAGGAAAGCAGGAGAUGUCCCUGAUCGAUUUUGCCGACAUGUGCGCGUUGACUAACCUGCCAAGCUCAGAUUUCAACUCUUCAUUGGAGUCACGAUUUCCUGGUUGGAGCUUGUUGUACGAGCGGCGUGGAGGGGAGAGCCACAGCUAUGGCUACAAUGACUGGACCACCUUCUUUGAACUGGCGGAUCCCAGCAACGAAACCACCAUUUUCGCGGUCCGUGGCACGCAAAGCCCACUGGAUGUCAUGCAAGACUUGAACAUCUUCACACCCGUGGCAGUCACUCAAAUUGCAGCUUAUUUCGGUCCGGACUUGACCUCGUCCGUGACGAAGACCGUCUUCGCGCUGUUUUCUGGCUUGCCCACCAUUGACAAGGAUUUCUUCCAAGUCUUGCUGGAGCAUGUGAAGAAUCGAGUCAAGGGUUCUCCAGACAGACGGUUUUACCUUACAGGCCACUCUCUGGGGGGUGGCCUGGCCAAGCUGGUGGCUUUGGAAGUGGGGCAGAAGUCAGUGACCUUUGCAGCACCAGGUUUGCGUUACACCUCCCAAAUGCUUUUAUCGGAUACGGCCUUUAGCAAGGACCAGCUCUUAGCUUCAGGUGAUCGCUUGGGAACGGUGGUGGUGCCAGAGCACGACCUGGUCUCUCGUGUAGAUCAACAACUGGGAGCUCAACUUGGCAUUGCCUGCGACAAAAACCUGUUUGGCUGCCACAGCCUGCAGCACAUCAUUUUCGAGCUUCAUCAGGGAUGCAAAAGCUUUGCAUGA